GAAAUGUCUGCAAGAAAAUCUCAGCGGUUGUUACAAGCACGGAAUAAUACUCCAAGUCCAGCAACAGCACGCCAGACCAAUACUUACACUUCACGUUUAAGAAAUUCUGUUAAACGUAAUUUAAAUAGUUCCUUUGGAGCAAUCGAGGAAGAAGACUCCAUUUCCCCUCGAAAACAACAAAGAAAUCAUGAUAGUAUUACAAAUAAGACUGACGAAACACCCACAGACCUUACUUUAGUAAUUAACAAAAAGUCUCUCACUUGUCGUCGCAAGUGUUAUUAUUACGAAACUAUUUCUGACUCUGACGAUGAUUCACCUAAAAAAGAAGAACUGUUAGUAACAGGUAAACGGAAAAUUAAGACUCCCUUAAAAUAUUCUGAAGAUAUGUAUGUAUCUCCUUGCAAGUCAUUAAAGGUAGUUAUUAAUAAGUUAGAACAAACUCCUGUUAAAAACAAACUGCUGGAGAAAGACACUUUGUAUGAAAUUAGGACUCCAAAGACACCAAAAACUCCAAAAAACGUGGUUGCAAAGUCAACACCAAGAAGUACUAUCAAAUUAAUUAGGGAAGGUGUUAUAACUCCUAAAGUUCAAUCAAGGAGUAAGGCUAUUGAUUCAGAAAAUACGCCAUUGAAACAAGCUAGAAGCCAACUACAUGUUUCGUAUGUGCCUUUAAAUUUACCAUGCAGGGAAAAAGAACAUGAAGAUAUUUUCAAAUUUCUAGAGGGAAAGCUUUUAGAUAAAUGUGGCGGCUGUAUGUACAUUUCUGGAGUACCUGGGACAGGCAAAACAGCUACUGUUACAAGUGUUAUUAAUAAUUUAAUAGCUUCCGCUAAAACAAGACAUGUUCCAGAAUUUCAAUAUGUAAAUAUUAAUGGAAUGAAAUUGACUGAGCCUAGACAAGCCUAUGUUGAAAUUUUAAAGCAACUAACUGGUAAAACAGUGGUAUGGGAACAAGCGCAUGAUAUUUUGGAAGAAAAAUUCACAAAAAAAUCAAAGAAAAUGAAGCUUCCUAUAAUUUUAUUAGUAGAUGAAUUGGAUAUUAUAUGUACAAAAAGACAAGAUGUUGUGUACAACAUCCUUGACUGGCCUACAAAAUCUAGUACACAAUUAAUUGUGAUAACCAUUGCUAAUACAAUGGACUUACCAGAAAGACUGCUGAUGAAUCGAGUGACAAGCCGAUUAGGACUGACAAGACUUACUUUCCAAGCUUACACCCACAAACAACUUCAAGAAAUAGUAACAAAACGUCUUGUUGGUACAAACAGUUUUAACCCUGAUGCUGUCCAGCUAGUUGCUAGAAAAGUUGCAUCGGUUUCUGGUGAUGCUAGAAGAGCACUGGACAUUUGUAGAAGAGCAGCUGAAAUUGCUGAAUCUGAAGGAGAUUAUACUCUGGUGGCAAUGUCUCAUGUGAAUGAAGCAUUAAAAGCAAUGAUCACCCAGCCUAAAGUUAAGGCUAUUAAAACCUGUUCCGUUUUAGAGCAGUAUGUACUCCAAGCUGUGAUUUCUGAGGUGGGAAGAACCGGGGUUGAAGAAACUGUUUUUUCUGAUGUGUACAAAAUGUUAGUGUCUAUUUGUGCUUUAAAUGGAUUUACCACGGUAUCAUGUACAGUUGCUUUGAGGGCUGUGGCAAGGUUAGGUGCUUGCAGACUCUUACUUGUUGAUCAAAAGUGUCAUGAUAUUGAUCAAAGAAUUAUCUUAAAUGUGAGUUCUGACGAUGUAUAUUAUGCACUAAAGGAAGAAUGACUAUUUAUUUUUAAACUAACAAAGUUUUUGUGUUUGAUUUAUAAUGUAAAAAUUUGUGAUACAAAAUAAAAAACAACUGCUGAUUGAAGUUUGUAAUGUUUGGGGAUAUUUGCUUUUG